CCAGGCAGCAUGAACCGUCCGGGGGCGGUCCCUGCCUUCCUCAGGACCCCCACGGUGAUCCCGCCCCCACUGGACAUGAAGCAGUUCCUGCAGUUCCCCAUGGACACAGCUCCACCACAACACAGCAUGGGCCUGUUCCACAACUUCAACACCAACAGUUACUCAACAAUGGACCCGGUACAGAAGGCAGUGAUGAACCACACCUUCGGCCCCCCCAUGAUGAAGACCAAACGACCCAUCAUCUCCUGCAACGUCUGCCAGAUCCGCUUCAACUCAGAGAGCCAGGCAGAGGCCCACUAUAAGGGGAACCGGCACGCUCGGAGGGUAAAGGGCAUCGAGACCUCCAAGACUCGCCCCAAGGAGGGUGACAAGACGGCCGCUCCCCCCACUGCUUCCCCCUCUCCACCAGGCCCCUCACCAUCCAGCCCAGACCCUGACACCAGCAAACAGGGUACCAAACACAAAACCAUCCUGGAGGCAAGGAGUGGGCUGGGCCCCAUCAAGGCGUACCCUCGGCUGGGCCCUAACCCCAGCCCUGAGCAGGCAGGGGGGCUGCCCUCGGACCCCAACACUCAGGAACGCACCUUCCACUGUGAGAUCUGCAACGUGAGGGUGAAUUCUGAGCUGCAGCUCAAACAGCAUAUAUCCAGUCGAAGGCAUCGGGAUGGAGUUGCUGGGAAGCCAAAUCCCCUCCUCAGCCGGCACAAGAAGCGCACAGACUUUGUGUCUUCCUUGACCUUCUCAAAGGACCUUCCAAAAACUCUGGGCCACGGACUGUUGCCCAGCCCCCUGGCUGUUGCUGCGGCGAUGGCAGCCGCUGCCUCCUCCAAUCAGCUGGCUCAGCUGCGUGUCCCUGGUCCCAUUUCUCACCCUCAGAACUACCACCCCCACCACCACCUCCUACAGAGCACACUACAGGGCACGCACCUCAGCCUCUUACGGCCCGCCCCUGGGCCUAUGCGCACCACCCAUGGGCCAAUCCUCUUCUCCCCUUAUUGA